AUGGACACGAGAGAAUUAGACACUAUCUUCGCUGGGACAGUAUAUCUUGUUUACAGACCAGCCAAACUUCUCAAGCAACGCAGAAAUCAAGAUUUCUUAUCGGCAAAGUCACUGGAAACGGGUGUAUUCAUUAAAGAGGACACCUUUUCUAGAGAGUGGAAAACGGAAUAUGACGGAACGGAGGCGUAUAGGUUCCGAUUGGAAACUUAUUCAACGGCGCGUCGAGGGUGGGUUCUGUACAGAACUCGAUACACGGAACAAUCAAUCGCGUGCGGUAACUACAAUACGAACCAAAAACCAUCCUGCCUGAACGAGAAACUUGAGAUGAGAAAUCAAUUUGAAUGGAAUUUGAUGGUCCUCCGGGUAGGGAAACCUAGGACGAAGAAAUGCAACAGCCGACGAUGGCUUCAUAUCCAAGCACGACAGGCGAAGAGCUUGGAAGAUGGUAUGCGUACAGGAUUACGUUCACUCUUGACGGCAUGGAGUAGUCAACAAGCAAUCUUGUCAAUGCUGGACUUUGAUGAUGUACUUUAUAUGUUGGAAUGUAAUAUUAAUUACUUACAUGAUUACAAUCGAUAUGACGAAUUCAUGGACUUGCUUGCUCGACAAAAGAAAGAGGUUGUCUACCAUAAAGGUGGAGCAAAAGAAGCCACGUGA